AACUUUGGGACUUUGUGGCACUGAGACUUUGAGACUUUGUGGCACUGAGACUUUGAGACUUUCAGACUUUCAAACUUUGUGGCACUGAGGCUUUAAUACUUUUAGACUUUCAGACGUUGAAACAUUGAGGCUUUGAUACUUCUAAACUUUGAGACAUUGAGAUAUUGAGACUUUGAUUCUCUAAACUUCUUAAAUAUUCAAAUUUUAGAUCUUUAGAACUCUUAAAUAUUGGAAAUCUAGAGCUCUGGAAACUUAAAACUGUAAAACUUGUACACUCUCAGAUUUUUGGACUCACAGUUCUCUCCUCAUUCUCUCCAUCACAGAUUUGUAACCUUCUGAAUUUGAAAAAAUUUUGGAAUUUGGUAACUUUGGAAUUUUUUCAGUUCAGAUUCCUAGAACUCCCGGACUUCGAGACUUAGAGAUUUUAAGAUUUUGAUAUGUUGGAACAUUACAAAUUUUGGAUAUAACGAUUUUGACACUCUGAGUCUUUCGAGUAUUAAACUUUAAUGACUUUGGAACUAUCAUACUAUGUGCACAUCGAUAUUUUGGGCCUCCACGAUUAUUGGAUAUUGAAAUUGUAAGACUUCCAAUUUAAAUUCCUCUGAAUUAAAAAUCCAGGCUCAUCCUACUCCCCAGAAUCAGCAGGGCGUCCAUCGCUUUGAUGACGCACCUAUAGACUGCGUAACGUGAUUCAAAGAGCAAAAAAGCGUGUAUCUCUCAAGAAUAUUCUCCGCACUAUUCCCAUUCGAACUGUCUACAACAAAGUUUUCCAGUUGCAUCCAUAAUUUCAUCGCAAACGUUAUGGAUUAUCGAACAAGUAAUUACGGUUAGUAGUUAAUAAUGCAUUCUCGAAGGUGUCUGACAGGUGAUUUAAUUGAGAGGCCCGAUAUUCCGUCGUCCAAUGAGAGGCAGCCGUCAGCCGGUAUACGCCCAUGAGACAUGUUCAACCUUCGAUUUAACAUCAGCCUGUAAUUAUAGAAAAGUAUAGUGCGUUCGGGUCGCACCUCUGUUGCUCUGGUUUCUUAUCUUAAGCUCCCCUUCACAUUAGCAGAAUCACGAGGAGAUGAAAAAAACGGAUCUAACACAUCCGGUUGAUCGCAUUGCAAAUCAAUUUGGUUUCUUGCUUCGUUAUGAGCUACGCACCUUCGCCGUGAUUUUGCGGAUGUCGGAGCACGACGUGAACGUUUAGUCAGCUACGAAGCUAUUCGAGACGAUUAAUGAUGCUGGAGGACGGAAGUAAUUCUUGACACAAUGUUGAGCACAGCAUUACAAAAAGUGCGAUUCUUGUACAAACCAUACGCAUUAGCCAUCGUUUCAAUCGGAUACGUGCUUGGAGAGCUAGGUCAUUAUUUAAUUGGUGUCACCAGCAAGGCAACUGCGGAGGAUUUGCACUACGGUGACAUUUCCUGCCAAUUAAACUCAACCAGAUAUUCCCUCGCCGAGCUUCCGGUUCAAUGCGAGGAAGCAACGAAUGCAAGUUUUUGCGAGUCCCUGGAACUGAACGGAUCCUACUACUGCGAAUGGAACUACAAUGGCCUUGGACUGGACUAUCAAAUCCUGGCUGGUCCCAGUUUUAUCGCCGUGUUCACCGUCGUUGGUGUUUGCCUGGGCAUUGCAGCUGACAAAUACAACAGAGUGAGGCUACUAACAGGUUGCACCCUGAUAUUCAGUAUUGCCAUUGUUCUAAUGGGUGCAGUGAAAGAAUACUGGCAACUAGUUAUUUUACGUAUGGUCCUAGCAGCAGGGGAGGCAGGAUGUAACCCUUUGGCAACGGGGUUACUUUCUGACUGGUUCGCAGAGGAGCAACGAGGACUUGUCAUGUCGAUAUUCAAUUGGGGAAUUUAUGGUGGUUAUGGUAUCGCGUUUCCUGUUGGACGUUAUAUACCACUUUUGAAUAUUGGAAAUUUGGGAUGGAGAGCGUGUUACUACGGAGCUGGCAUAAUCGGACUGAUCGUGGCUGUUUUUACCUUUACUCUUUCGGAACCAACGAGAAAAUCGAUCGGCGAAGAGGAAACAAACGCCGACGGGAAGAAAAUACCUGUGUGGAAAGUGAUCCUGCAGCCGAGGAUUAUACUUUUAUGCCUGGCCGCCAGCAUCAGACAUUGCGGCGGUAUGUGUUUCGCCUACAACUGUGACCUCUACUACAGGGAGUACUUUCCUGACUAUGAUCUAGGAUGGUGGUUAUUCGCCGUGACCAUAGUAAUCGGCAGCAUCGGUGUCGUGGUAGGCGGAGUAGUCAGCGACAAAUUCGUAGCAAAAAUGGGCAUCAGAUCUCGAGUGGCGUGUUUAGCCAUAAGUCAAAUAAUCGCGACGCCAUUUGCAUUUGGUUCAGUGUAUUUCAAUCCUCUGUGGGCGAUGAUCACUCUCGGUAUUUCUUAUUUCUUUGCCGAGAUGUGGUUCGGAAUCGUGUUUGCGGUAGUCGUGGAAAUAGUGCCGCUGCAUUUGAGGUCGACCACGAUUGGCGCCUUUUUGUUCGUAAUGAACAAUAUCGGUGGAAACUUGCCAAUAUUGGUCGAGCCGACCAGAAUGGCCAUCGGUUUUCGAGGGUCCCUGUAUAUUUUCUAUGCUGGCUUUUAUGGCAUUAGUUCCAUAAUGUUCUUCUUGACGAUGUUCCUAAUGGAGGGCGCUAAAGGAGAAUCAAAGAAUACAGAAUCCGUGAUCAAUGCCAAACCAGAGUUUGGAUACGAUAAUACCACGUUCACAACUGACGAUGGACGUGUUCCAACCAUAGAACUUCCACGACUGUACCCACCACCUCCACAUCGUUUCGAGAAUUCUAGGUUAUAAGUUAGGAGAAUACCAUUUCCAACAAUCGCAUGUAAAUAGCAAUUUAUCCAUGCAAAUCUAUCCAUGACAGCAAAUUCAAUUCUUCUCAACUACGUUUUUAAAACAAUUUUUUAUAUACUGUACGCUGUUAGUUAAAACUGAAAGAAAUCCUGAUGUUCCGUGGAUCAAGAAUUGUGAACCCCCGAUAUAAUCAAUACCUGAUAAAUCACUUAUUUAACUAUAUAGAAUGUUUAUUAGGUUGUAUUUUAGCAACUGUAAAAUUUGAUUUAAGAUAUUAUAAUUGUUAUGUAAAAUACAGAGUUUAAUGAUCAUUUUUGCUAAAGAAAAAUAAGAUUUAAUAAAUUAUACAAGGACCGGGGUUCACACGAGCGAUUCUCAAACGUUGUACAAUUUUCUGACAUAAAAAAACGUAAAGUACAAUUAUUUUGUAUAAAACCUCGUAAUUUAAUAUUGAAGAAUAAUAAAUUGUAAUUGUGAUUGGUAAAGGCGAAUCGAUAAGUCAAUAUUAUUGUUAUCGUAUAUUAAAAACAGCCUGUUUAUACAUGUACAUGUGUCUUCGCAGAUAUACAAAAAUAUACGUUCGAACAAAUAGUCUCAUCAACGUAAUCCUAGCGAGAUUGUAAAACUCUUCGACAGCCAUAAUACUGGCACUAUUUGAGACACUUUAGUUUAAUUUGUUACCCCGCUAUGUCUUGAUGAGGACUACAUUACUCACACAUACACACACAAGACGCAUCCACUGUGUAACAUGUGAUACACAAUAAAAUCGAUACCAAGAUUCAUCAUCAAAUCACGACGUAUAUGUACAGAUUAUUUAAUAUAAAUAAAAAAAGAAAAAGUAUCCUUUAUUUGUAAUGUACAAAAUAGAUAGCGAUGGAGGAGGAAGAUGAUAGCAUCCUUGACACUUCAAGGUACAAGAUCUGUCAUGAAAGAUACGUUGUGUACAUAUUUACAUUAUUCGACAUACUUGUAAAAAAAAAUACUUUGAUAGGUAUGUAUCAAUAAAUAGCUUAUUCAAGUGUUGCUAUGUUGAAAGUUAGUCUCGUGGUUGUUCGUACGAUUAUACACGUCGUUUCAAAAAACGUACACCAUACAAAAAGUUGUAAAUUCUUUAUAUUAAACAAAAAUGUAUCAAAUUAUAAAAUAUGUAGGAUGUUUCAUUUUUGAGUCCUUCUAUAACACAGUAUUUUAGUCCUUACAAUUAUUAAAAAAUAAUGAUAUAGAUUUUUUAAAUAACUACAAAAACUUUCAUGGAAACAUGAAAAUUUACUUCUCACUCUAAUGGCUGUUCCAAGAGUGGUGCCUCAAAAAUGAAACGCCCAGUGUCCAACAGCUUAUAUCUAUAAAACAAACGACAGACGGUAAAAGAUCUUUCGAUUUCGUUUAAUACAAAGUAUCCACACCAGAAGUUUCAGUGGUGCACAUUAUUUUUGAGACGACCUGUAUAAUUCCGUUGCUCCAUAAAUGCUACGGUGCAAAACUGAUAUCACCGCAAAAACAGCCUCAUCGACAUCGACUAAUAAACCUAACGGAUAUGUAAUUUAAUACUAAUCAAGUUUCAUCGAAAAAAGUAUAAGCUUGUUUCACACAAAAUUAAUCUGUGUAUUAAAAAGAAACAAGAACCGUAAGUAUAUAAUCGCACAACCACUUUUUGUUUGCUGUUCCUUAUUAACAGACCUGACAAACGAGCUAUUUAACAUUCAUCUGAGUGUCAUCGUGUUUUAUACCUAAUUAAAUUGUCAUGUUCGCGCGUGCAGAAAAAGAUAAUGAUCUUUGGAGGCAAUUCGUCUUCGCAUCUGUUUGUUUAACGACUCAGUUUUGACCGGUUCAUUUGCUUGUUAACGAUGAACAAGGUGAAACUGAAUGGUCGCGCACUUUGCAAAUGCAAAAACACAGACUUGGCAGCCACUCUCUUUGUCUCUGUCAAUGGAAUCAGAGUCAAAGACUGUCUGCCAUCGGUUCAAAUGCAUCUGAAAAUAGUUGUGACGUCCGCUAAGAUCACAAAAGUGACCUUCAGUAGAUUUGGUUACAAUGAUUGUAACCGAAAUAUCGUGGCCAGAUAACUAUCUUCUCCUAUCAAACUUUUUCUCGUUCAAAUAAUAAAUAGUUGAUUUUUGGAUACAGAGUGCAUCUUUGGUACUUAAUUUUUUAACAAACCGUACAUUAAAGGACAAUUAAGUAUCAUAAAGAUCUUUUAAAAAAAAA